GACAGGAUUACAACAUUUAAUGGGCUUAAUUCAGCUAGCGUUCGCGAGAUAAACGAAUGAAACCAGAGGUACACAAAACAAAACAAAGUAUAAGUUGCACUUUAAGGUGUUUUACUUUGGAAAUUACAGACCGGAAGUGCUCUUAUUUUGUGAGCGGCCGUGCUUGACAGCGGUAGACGCGAGGCGGAGGACUUUUGUGGGAUGGGAAGAGACGAGUGUGUCCCAGCGUCUUCAGCUCCUGACAGUUUCUUGCGGCGGGACAUACAAUACGGAGGGAGCCGCGGAGCACAUGAGGACCCGAGGACACGCGAACCAGCGGGGCACGGGAGCGCUGCGGGGGUCUGGAAAAUGGGAGCGGUGAAGUGAAAAAAAAAAACAAAAAAAAAACGGCCGAAGAGCGGACUGUCUGGAUGAACAGCACCAAAGCUAGAAUGGCACUCCUCCUGUGGCUCAGCCUAUCACUGCUGGCCUCUGUCCAGUCCAGCGCCGUCAAGAACUGCCACCCGGGUUGCCGCUGUGAGGUGGAAAGCUUUGGCCUGUUCGACAGCUUCAGCCUGACCAGAGUGGACUGCCGAGGGCUGGGACCCAGCACCGCCAUGCCCAUCCCCAUCCCACUGGACACUUCUCACCUAGACCUGUCCUCCAUCACCAUGGGCCCACUCAGUGACACCAUGUUAGCUGGUCCGGGCUACACUACCCUGGUUAGUUUGGACCUAAGCAACAACCAUAUAACAAAGAUAAGCCCCAAUGCUUUGUCCAAGCUGCGUUAUCUGGAGUCUCUGGAUCUCAGCCAAAACCACCUGGAGAGCCUCUCCCCGAGCUGUUUCUCCAGCCUCCCUUUGGCUGAGGUUGACCUCAGCCACAACAGCUUCCAAGAGUUCGACAUGGACGUGUUCACCUCUAAAGUCAAUGGCGAACCUCUCAACGUGGAUCUGUCUCAUAACAAGCUUGUGUCGGUCUCCAUGACUUUGCAUGGAAGAGUACUACACAUUCAAAGCUUAAAUCUGUCAGCAAAUCGGCUGUUGAGCGUACCGAAGCUCGGAGGUCUUCCACUGAGGUACGUCAAUCUAGAUGGUAACCCCAUCGCCCGCAUCAAGGAGGGGGCUUUUGCUCAGCUGAAAGAUCUGGUGUAUUUAUACAUCAGUGGCCUCCCCGAGCUUCAGGAAAUCGAGCCACACAGCUUCAAGGGCCUGCAGAGCCUGCAAGUUCUGGAUCUCUCAAACAACCCCAAGCUCAAGAAUCUGAGCCCUGCGGUCUUCAGCGGACUGGACUCACUGCAGGAGCUGAACUUGUCUGGCUCCGGUGUGGUGUCCUUGCCAAAUAACAUGUUGACCCACUUGCCCAGUAUAAAGAGUAUUACACUGAGAGAAAGCACCCACUGCUGGAGGACCCAGAAACAGGGGCAGUUCCACCGGCAGCUGGGUCAGGUCCAACACAACGAGGUGCUCACCUGUAAUGUGGAGGGCGUUGUGUUGUGAGGCUGUGGACAUGGACCGCUCCUGAAGGGGCCAGUAAACUCACCGGGGGGUUGAAAAGGUUCUACUCCGAGCUUUUCAGAGUUGGAUUAGAGGAGGCUGUGUCCGACCGUUUGUGUGUCUUUCUGAAACUGAGGAUCUGACGUUCACACCGACUUUAUUCCUUGACACAACUAUUUCUCUAACAUUUCAUAUGUGCAACCGAGUUCAACACCAAGUAAAGAUGUUCUCCAUCAUCCCCAUUUUAAACAAUACUGCAACCCAUGAUGGCUGGUUUUUUUUUUUACUCCGCCUUCUUUUGUAGUCAUACUUAACAAAGGUAACACUUUCCGAUGUGGUCCAACAGCGCAUUGCACAAUCUAGUUCUGAUAGAGAAUAUCCUCCAGCCCUCACAAUCUUGAUGCCAGAGCCGUGCCUUAUCGUCUUUGAUAUGCAAAGCAAUUUUUUGUGAUACCCCUACUUAAUUACCUCUGUUCUGAGGCGAAAUGGAAUAUGUCUUAAAGGUUUAAUGUAGCCUUCAUGAACUCGUGUACCUUCUCUGAAACACAAAGACAAAAUGUUGUCUGUGAUAGCACAGAGCUGUUUCUCUUCUUGUGUAUGUUAAAUUGGUAGAGAGCCUUUCAUCAAACCAAAACUUAAAGCAAUGUUUUUACAUCAUGUACUUCAUUUAAAGUGGGACCAUAUUAAGAGUUAUUUGCACUUUUUCCCAGUCAUGGUAUAUAUUUUUUUAACGAUGCACUUACACAUGGCCGAAAUCUCACCCAGCCUAACAUAAAACCAGCAAAGCAUCGCUCAUAAUAUCCAGACUGAAGAAUAUUUUAUGACUGUUGACCACUACGAUUUUUUUCAUUUGACUUUGAAUGUGAUGCUUUAUUGGAACGGUUAAAGGGAGAGUUUUGGGAAAUGCACAUAUUCACUUUCUAGAGGUGAGUUAGAUCUGAAGAUUGAUAGCUUCAAGCUAGUAUAGCUUAGCACAAAGACUGGAAACAGGGAGAAAGAGCUAGCAUUAUACUGUCCAACAGUACUAAUCUACCUAUCAGCAUUAAAUCUCAGUAAUUAACACGUGUCUUGUUUGUUUAAGCUAUUGAACAGCAAAGUAAAAAAAAGCAACCAGCAAAGAUCCCCCACACAACUACACACUGUUGUUUUUACCUUUUGAGUGUUCUGUGUAUAGAGAAAUUAGAUAUAAUCUGUUAAUAAGAUGGAUUAUUUUUCUUUUGGUCAAAGCCCGGCUCACUGUUUGCACCUGUUUCCACCUGUUUCCUGUCUUUGUUCCCUGCUAAACUAUCUGGAUUAUCAUGGCUGCUGGCUGUAGCUUCAUAUUUACCUAACAGACAAUCCGAGUGGUGUCAGUGUUCUUAUCUAACUCUCGGUGAGAAGGCUAAUGGUGUCCCUCCCAAAAAUGUGAAACUGUAAAAUCCAAGGACUAGGAUUCUUUUAUUGAGCGCGGUCUGGUUGGGAAACUUCCAGUAAAGUCUUGUUACAGACACUGUAACUAAACCUAGCCGAGUGUGAAGAUCUUUUCUUCUAACACCCACAAAAUGACCAUUUCAUUACUUGAAUUAGUCUCCAUGAAUACAAGCCUGAGUCUGACAACUCGUCCAUUGUGUCUGGAAAAUGAAGCCUCAUAAUGAGCCAAGGUUCGGUGCACAGCCUUUGCAAAAUUAGGUUCAAACAGCCUUUGACAUCUCACUCAGUGACUUGUGUUUUGUUUGUUUUGACUGAACAGGAGUAAACAAACAUGUGACCACGUUGACCCGGACUUUAUUUUGACCUGCUGUCAAAUCAGUCUCCAGUUGAGCAAGACCGCUGUUUUUUUUUUGUUUGUUUUUUUUUAACACAAACAUUGACCAAUGAAGUAUGGCAACUUUCACAGGUGAUGAAGCGAUGCCAGCAUGUUGAUGUCGAUGACUGAACCGCACGCUGCACUGUGCUGUCUUGUGUAGCCUUACCUUGGCAUUCCUGUGGUGUUUCCGUGGACCUAAGGGGACGAUCAGCCUCGAGACUGCAUGUUAGGGUUUUUGAAUGUCAGCAACGUGUAAAAGGCUCGUGGCCUUCAGUGUCUUGGUUUGGAAAUUUUCAAAAGAAAUCCACCUUUUUAGUCAGAUAAGCCUGGUCUCGGUGUAGAAGUUUGCACAUGUGUGUAUGUAACUAUAUUGUAUAUAACUUUAUAUAUACUGUAUAUGAAUCAUAUGUGUAAUAAAAUGACUAUUCUCACAGUUG